AUGCCUCUCGAAUUCGACCUCUACCCAGACAUCAUGUUCAGUGAUCGAUAUUGCCUGCCUUUGUUCGAAUUCGGCAUACUUGCAAUUCAGUUCAACAAGCAGGAAUGUGCUGCCGUCAACGAGACCGCUCCCGAUUUCGUGGGAUGCUCACCGGCAGGACUGUCGAGUGCUCUUGCCAGUAUGAGUCUCACGCAGGCCCCAGCAGCUCCAUCACCUUCACCAGCAUCGACGUCCUCUCCUUCAGUCAAUCCCAGUGUCACAACGAUCUCAGGAAACCCAGAGUCUGAAACAGCAGCGCCCACCUCGGGGAAGCAAAUAACAGCAACAGCCUUUGUCGGAGCACCACUGAUGACUGGCAGCUGCACGGUACCAUACUUUGCAAUAAUAACAGAUGCCACCGGCAAGGUGACCGAGUAUCCCAACAUCGGCUGUUCUGAAGACAGGCCAGAUUGCUGCCCGUACGAGUACGGGCUCAAUGCGGUCAUUCCAAGGUGUCCCCAGGACUAUUUUACCACCGCGAAUGCCUGUUGUCCGCUUGGAUAUCAGAUAUAUUAUACUGCUGUUGGGGGAAUCACCCCAUGUUACUCGGUGCCCGCCACGACAUUUGUCCCAGCAUCCACCCCGACGGUGGCCGGUUUGACACUGAUCACCGACCACGUCUUCACACAGAAGUACUCGCUUGUGACGCAGCAGCCCGCGAAAAACAAGUUCCCGCCUGGAGCGAAGAUUGCCAUUCCCAUUUCCAUCUGGGUCGUGUUAUGCGUCGUGUGUGUAGCGACCUUUUUCUGGGUCAGGAGAAGGCGCCGGGCGAGACGGGCUGCAGAGGCAAACCGCACGACGACAUUCCCGCCCGAAGAGCCUGUUCUACCUCAGAUGUCAAUGUCGAGGGCGCCGACCGCACAUGAGUUGGACAGCCCUGAAGCCCAGGCAGGGUCUUCUGGUGCUGUGGGAGUAGCCAACGGGUGGCCCAUUUUCCCCACCUCGUCACCGCCAGCAUACGAUCAGAGUAAAGGAAUCCAGGCGGCUAUCCGGAAGCAACCGCCUUCGGCCCCGCAGGAGCUGCCGGGAAGCACGUAUAUUCACGAGCAUCACCCGGUGUUUUUGCCGACCGCCUCUGUGAGCACGCCCACGGAAGCAACGCCCAGCUCACCGCCAGGAACACCCGUGCAAACACCUUCGGCAGGCGCAGAGGGGAGGUCACCAGUACUUUCUAGCGUCGCGUCACGCUCAGACACUCAGAGCCCAGUGUUCGUGUCGCCUCUCGGCUCUCCAAGACUACCCAAGACGGGAUGA